AUGUCUUUUGUAGAUAAAAUUUCUAGUGGAUUUAAACACAUGUGUGACAGAUAUGCCAUGGAUUAUGACGUAUUUUUUAGGACUAGUAACACUCAACAUAAACAAAAUGUUAUCAAUAUAUGGAAUACCUUAGUUGAAAAGGGGAUUAUCUAUAAGGGCAUUUAUCACAAGCGGAUAAAUGAUAACCAAGAUUAUUAUGGUAAUGAAUAUCUAAACGAUGAUAAUCAUUCCAUCAGUAAUGAUCAAUUCACAAAGCCGAUAGAGACGUACUACUUCAAAUUAUCAAAUUUCCAGGAAAAAUUGGAAAAAUUUUACGAGCAUAACCAAGAUUUUAUAGUGCCAAAAUUUUAUUUAAAUAAAGUCAAAUCGUUCCUAAACAAUAAAUUAAUGGAUGUAUCUAUUUCCCGUAAUGAUUCUACUUGGGGGAUACCAAUCACAAAUUCAAAAGACAUUGUUUACGUCUGGUUCGAUGCACUAAUCGGCUAUUUAACAGCUUCCAAUUAUUGUGGUGAUUUGUUCUGUCAUAACCAAAAAAUUGUCAUCGGAAAUAAUGUUGGUGUGCAUGUUAUUGGCAAGGAUAUUUUACGAUUCCACGCGAUUCUGUGGAUUGCAUUGUUAAUGUCAUUGGAUUUGCCGCUUCCCCGUAAAUUACUGGUUCACGGUUGGUUGCUUAAUGGGGUAGACAAGAUUUCCAAAUCCCUCAGAAACUACAAUACAUUGGACACUAGCAUUGACGCGAUAACGUGCGACAUUACACGGUAUAAUCUUAUCAACUCUGUGAGAUUUGGAUAUGAUUGUGAAUAUACUCCCAAAUUAGUUGCAACGACAAUUUACAACUUGAAAAACACAUUUGGGGAGAUACUGCAUCGCGUGCUAUCUCUUUGGAAGCUUACAAAUGUUGAUAAAAUUGACACCAGAUUCGUGAACGUUGAUAAUAAAUUAAUAAAUAGCAUGAAUUACAAUAUUGAGACGUUGAAGGAGAUUGUUGAUAGAGGAGAAUUCCAUUUGUAUUGUCGGGUUUUGACUGAGACUGCUAGUCUAAUUAAUUCAUAUAUAAACGAUAGGAAACCAUGGGCAAAUGCCAAAUAUAUAAAUGAAACUUUGUACAAUUGUCUAGUCUCUCUUCAAAAACUUGCUUUAAUGUCAUAUCCCGUAACACCCAACACCAGCCAGCUGAUUAUGAAAAGGCUUGGCCAACCACAAAUUAUCAGGGACACUAGUUUUGAAACAAAUCAAUCAACUUUCACGUUCCUGAGGGCUGAACCUAUAAAAUUAUUCUAA